AUGGCGACCAUCCAAGAACGGACGUACCUCAACUGCAUCAAUCAACUCCAGCGCCUGGUAGUGCUUCCACCGGCAUCCCUUGGGGCAUACGAUAGAAUGUUUUCACCAAGCAAGAUAUUUUCAAAAUCACCGCACACAGCGGUGCCUCUAUACGGCCUCUUCAAAGACGGGAUCUGGUGCUGCAACUGUCCUGCUCGGCCCCCCGCAGCUCGGCGCCAGACGAAGAACGGCGGAAAGAACCAUGGACGAUGGUUUUAUACCUGCGAACAGCUACCCCCAAAAAAGUGUGGCUUCUUUCUUUGGGCCGACGAAGCUGAACCCCGCGAGAAAGCCGUCGUUCUUUCAAACUCCCAUUCCGAACUCGAUACACUCGAUUCAGUUCCACGAACUCCUACCAAAUCUACACAGCGCGGUCCGAAUGGCUUGCUGACACCACAAACCGAGCGCCGCGUAAUCGAUAUUCCACCGCGAGAGUUCAAGACACCACCCAAGAGCGCAAAGGCGAGAAUGAUGGCAGAGGAUUCUGAUGAGUUCGGCUGGAACGAUGACUCUGAUGACAAUGACGAAAUUGCACAGGUCUUGUCAUCUAGUCAAGUGAAUGACACUAUAUUAUCGCAACCGGGUUUUUACCCAGACUUGCCAUCGAAAGCACCGCGCACACCCAGAACAACAUCCCCCGGCAAGCGCAAGCUGUCGGAGUUUGCGUUUGACCGGUCCAAUAGCAGUUCAUCGGCAAUAGCAACACCUACUUCAACUCGCGCUACCCAGUCAUCUCGAUUUCCCCCGUCCUCAGCCGAGCUAUGCAUGACGCCCACGCCAGUCAGAAAUCAUGAUGCACUCAGUUCAUACACGAGGCCCGAUGAAUCUGACCUGUCAAAGGACGCCUGCGCUAUCCUAGAUAAGCAUGGUGUCGUGCUGCCGAAUAGCGCAUACGAUGAACUUGUCGAGCUUUUGAAUCGCCACGAUCUAAAGAUGAGAGGAGUUAAUCGUGCGCGAGAUAUUCUACGAGUGGCGAUAAAGAAGAAAGAUGAUGAGAUAUUCCAUCUUAAGGAGAAGAAUACAAAUCUCCUUGCACAAAACGAGAUGGAUCGAAGUAUCAUCGAUAGUAUGAAGCGUUAA